AUGAAGCUCAUUCUUCUUGUUGCAACGCUAUGUAGCGCAGCAAUUUCCAUGCCUCGUGACGUGAAACUUGAUGGAAUUGACGACUGUGGCGCGAAGGAUGUGAAACUGUUCAAGUUUAUCAAGACUGGAGACGCCAAGAUGGAUAUUGCCUGUGAACUAUGCCUUGACAUGGUGCUCAUUGCUGAGACGUACGCUGAAUGUGGAGAGGCUGAAGUUGAAGCUGCGCUGGAGAAGAAGUGCGACAAAGACUUCGGCUCUGCCGCCACGGACAAACUCUGCCGCAGUAUGAUUGAGAAAAUAGCACAUGAAGUUAUUGAAGACACCGAACAGGACCCUACUGCAGUAUGCUACAAGGUCAUUCACAAGGAAUGUAGCUACAGCUUCAUUUGA